ACGCAAGAGAUGGAUACUGCAAUGCAAGGAUCAACCAUGAGCGGCGAGUCGGAGGGGUGGUCGCCGGAUUCGUGGAGGGCAAAACCCAUUAAACAGAUCGUCACGUAUGAGGACCAAGCAGCGGUAUCUUCUGCUCUGGCGAAGCUGUCAAGUCUACCGCCGAUUGUCACGCCAUCAGAGAUUGUCAAGCUCAAGGCCAGUCUGCGUGAUGCUGCACUUGGCAAGUCGUUUCUCCUCCAGGGAGGUGACUGCGCAGAGCUGUUCUCGUACUGUGCCGACAAUCCCAUUGACGCCAAAAUCAAGCUCCUUUUGCAAAUGAGUUUGGUCUUGAUUUGGGGCUCAAAUAAGCCUGUCAUUCGCAUCGGCCGUAUUGCAGGCCAGUAUGCAAAGCCAAGAUCAAGUCCGACUGAGAUGCUCAAUGGCAAGGAGAUUCCGAGCUUCCGGGGCGACAUCCUCAACGGCUACGACCCAGAGGCUAGGAGAGUGGACCCAGAGAGACUGGUCAGCGCCUAUUUCCACUCGGCGACGACACUGAACUACAUCCGUGCACAGCUGGCAAGUGGCAUUGCUGACCUGCACAACCCACUGGACUGGGAACUCGGCCAUGUUCGGGACGAGCAGCUGCAGUCAAAGUACUCGCAGAUUGUACACAGCAUAUCUGACUCACUCCGCUUCAUGAAGACGAUUGGUGCGGAUACGUCUGGACAACUACAGACGGUAGAUCUCUUCACCAGCCACGAAGGUCUUGUGCUAGAGUACGAGCAGAGCUUGACAAGGCGGCUUAAGCAUCCUGCUGGUUACAGGUCUUCUCAGCCCUCAGACGACGGCAAGGGCUGGUACAAUACUUCUGCACACUUUAUCUGGAUCGGAGACCGAACACGUCAGAUUGAUGGCGGUCACGUCGAAUACUUCCGUGGUAUCGAGAACCCCAUUGGCAUCAAAGUCGGGCCUUCGAUGAAGAACGACGAGCUGGUUGAGCUGCUCAACAUUGUCAACCCCAACAAGGAAAUUGGCAAGAUUACUCUGAUUACCCGCUACGGUGCUGACAAGGUCGAGUCCAUGCUGGGGGCGCACAUCGAGGCGGUAAAGAGCAGUGGACAUGUUGUGGUUUGGCAGUGUGACCCAAUGCACGGCAACACUCGCAGCACCCCCACUGGCAUCAAGACGCGUUCAUUCAACAGCAUCUUCUCCGAGCUGUCGUCAGCACUCAAGAUCCACAAGCAGCACGGCUCCUUCCUUGGCGGCAUGCAUCUUGAGCUCACGGGUGACGCCGUCACAGAAUGUACGGGAGGAAGUGAGGGGCUCGUGGACGAGGAUCUGAGUCUAAACUACACCACCUACUGCGAUCCGAGGUUGAAUGAGAAGCAGGCGUUGGAACUGGCUUUCCUAGUUGCAGGGCAUUACCCAGAAAAACGCGGGAAAACGAUGGGCGCCUCCGCUUCCAAGGGUGCCAAAGCCGCCGGCUCCGCUGCACGUAAAUACCCCACGAGGGCCCCGACAAGUACUACAACUACUACUACUACUACUACUACUACUACUUCUGCGACGAGGACCCCGCCGCCUGCAGCGCCAGCUCAGGAUCCAGUUGGAGGUCCGACGGUGCAUCCUCAGGUACAAGCUUCAGCUGAGAAAACUGAAGCCGUCCUCCAAGAUGGACGUGACCCCGCCUUCGCCUCGCGUCUCAGCAGCCUAGGUGCCGUGCAGCCAAACCCGCAUUUCUCGCCUUCGUCGACGUCGCCAUUCGAUCCUCGUCGCAGCGGCAGCAACAAUGGCAAUGCCUCGUCGCGCAACCUUCCCUUUGCAGACGGUGCGAUGAUGCAACCGCCGCCGCCGUCGGCUUUUCCCGAUUCGCGGAAUAAUCCCGUACUCCGAGUGCUCGAAGCCCGACAGAUGAUUGCGGAUGAAGCCGAGGAUGAGAUGAGGGAUAUAGGGCGCAAAGGGUUUGAAGGGAGGAAGUAUGUGGAUGCGGGGACGAUUACCUUGGCGUUGAUGAGGCGGAGCAAGGGGGAGCCGGAGGAGAGGAUUGAGAAGAGUCUGGGGAUUAAGAGGGGGAGGUUGAGUGUGUUGGGGAAGGAGACUGUGGACGCCGUGGCGAUGGCGUAG